GUGCUUGACAGCCGAAAAUCGAGCUACGAUGGCAACGUGACAGGAGAUGAUCUGCUGAGUCAGCUUCAACAGGAACCAUGGAACGGUUUCAGCAAACUGCCACCGAGCAGGACGACAACGUAAAUGGCUACAGCGCGCCUGCUUCUCCUCGAGAUGAGGCGGAUGUCAAGUGGACGCCGCCGAAAGUGAAGACCGAAUGCUCAAACAGCUGUGCGGGGACGGUGUCGAAGCUGACAGACCUGCAAGGGUUAAAGAGUCCGGAAAGCAGGGAUGAGGAGGCCAAGGAGGAGGAGGAGGAAGUGCUUCCUACCAAAGGCCUGAGAGGGGAUCAGAAGAAAAGGCAACGAGAGGGUCAAGAUGAGGAAAACAAUCAUAACAAGAAGAACGACAGUGCAGCAUCCAGCUACACGGACCUUUCCCAGACUUCAUCGCCUUCACUGUCUGAACAGCUGCGUCUCGGCAAAGAAGAUAACUCAGGUGCUGGUAUCAGUGUGGAGUGUAAAGUGUGUGGGGAUAAAGCCUCAGGUUUCCACUACGGAGUGCACGCCUGCGAAGGUUGCAAGGGCUUUUUCCGGCGGACUGUGAGGAUGAAGCUGGCGUACGACCUCUGCGAGCGUUCCUGCAAAAUACAGAAGAAGAAUCGCAACAAGUGCCAAUAUUGUCGCUUCCAAAAGUGCCUGUCUUUAGGAAUGUCUCAUGAUGCGAUCCGAUACGGACGCAUGCCUGAGGCGGAGAGGAAGAAGCUGGUGGCAGGCCUGCUCGCAGAGGAGCUGAACGUCAGCAAACCAGGCGGCUCGGACCUGAAGACGUUGGCCAAACAAGUUAACACGGCCUACCUGAAGAACCUCAGCAUGACCAAAAAGAGGGCCCGAAGCAUCCUGACAGGCAAAACCAGCAGCACCUCUCCAUUCGUGAUCUACGACGUGGACACGCUCUGGAAAGCAGAAAGUGGGCUAGUAUGGAGCCAGUUAGUCCCAGGUGCACCCCUGACCAAGGAGAUAGGAGUUCAUGUGUUCUACCGCUGUCAGUGCACUACAGUGGAGACUGUGCGAGAGCUCACAGAGUUUGCCAAGUGCAUUCCGGGGUUUGUGGACCUCUACCUUAAUGACCAGGUAACGUUGCUGAAGUACGGAGUCCACGAGGCUAUUUUUGCCAUGCUGCCGUCUCUCAUGAACAAAGAUGGACUUUUGGUAGCCAAUGGCAAAGGCUUUGUAACCAGGGAGUUCCUUCGCAGCUUAAGGAAGCCAUUCAGUGAGAUCAUGGAGCCCAAGUUUGAGUUUGCUGUGAAGUUCAACGCUCUGGAGUUGGACGACAGUGACCUGGCCUUGUUUGUUGCUGCCAUUAUUCUCUGUGGAGAUCGCCCCGGACUUAUGAACGUGAAGCAGGUGGAGCAAAGUCAGGACAACAUCCUCCAGGCCCUGGACCUCCACCUCCAAGCGAACCACUCUGACUCUGUCUACCUCUUCCCCAAGCUGCUUCAGAAAAUGGCUGAUCUGCGUCAGCUGGUCACUGAGAAUGCUCAACUUGUCCAAAAGAUCAAAAAGACUGAGUCGGAGACCUCGCUCCACCCUCUACUACAGGAGAUCUACAAAGACAUGUAUUAGAAAUCUUCAGCAAAGACUUGUUUUAUUUUACUGUUUUUUUUUUUUUUGUUUGUUUUUAGCAAUACUGUUACAG